AUGAAGUCUGGGGUGAGUUGCGCGGGUGGGAAAUGUGGGCUUUUCAGCCACAGCUGUAUGGACGGCGAAGGCGAUUUGGCACUGCCCACCACCACCAUGAGGUCAGCCGGGCAUAGAUCAACAGUGGGUCACCGGGAGGCGACCAGAAAGAGGACUUGCCUGGACGGCCACGUGGUUUCCUCGGGGCUUUCGACAACUCGGGAGUGCAUGUGUGUGUGUGUGUGCGUGCACAAGUUGGAGGGGGAAGGCGAGGAGGAAGCUGCGAUGCGGGAGGAGCCCAAAGAAAGUCCCCUCCUCGCCGCCUCGUUUGUGCUGCUGGAGGUGCGAGCCAGGAGCGAGAUCCGUAUGUAUGAGUGUGUGUGA